AUGCGACGACAUCUACCUUAUACUUUCAAGGCGCUGGUGGCGUGCAUCUCCGCCUUCCCCUUCUCAUAUCUUGUGGCGCUUGUAAUCACACAGUUGAACAAUUACGAAGGCAUUGCCAUAUCCCGGCGAAUCAGAAGUAGCCUGUGUAGCAGUAGUGUUACACAGCACUGGGUUAGUAAUGUUUGGACGUGUGGUGACGUGAGAGGGGAGGCUGGUCUGGAAAACUUCGGAGGGGUAUCCUUUUUCUCCGAUAGUUGGACUAAUGGCGCUACGCUAGUAAAAACAUCGAAAACAGCGACAGGUGUCGAGGUGGAAACGAACCCCGGGUUACUGCGUUCAAGUCAUGAACUCAUACGUAGAUGCAGGGAAUGGACUCAACCCCCAAAGGAAGCAGUGCAACCACCACUGCUAAACAAUGUGCUUCUUGGAGAACUGUGUUCUAUGAUAGAAAAUAGAAUUUCCAGUCAUGCUGUUGGGGAAACAGCCUUCAGCGAGAAGGCUGACAUGUGGGAGAUGGUAUACACGCUCCUGUCAAAUGUGAAUAACUUGGCUGAAUUGGCGAGAUCUGGAUUUUUGCCGCGAACUGGUGCUAGUAAGUACCAAGGGGGCAUUGCGAAUGGUCGUGGCACCGAUGUUGAACAUCUCAACAAGUUGUUGCGUCCAAUAGUGGAUUAUAUCGAUAUGCAUAUAUGGGAAAUUCCAAUGGCGGAAAGACUGACAACGGACACACUAAUGCAAAUGGAUAUGCCGCUAUCUCAUGUUGUGGAACUCGCAUUACCGUUCUAUUUUGACCCUGAAUACGGUGCCGCACAGGAUACGGUGUUUCGGCUGUUCACAGCGUUUCCAGAAGCGGCAGCGAUGCUCGUGUAUGCUGUGCAACACAAGCUCGUAGCUUACCCUAAACUUAAUGUGGAAACAAAGGAUAAACAUUUUUCACUUUUGGCCAUUUUUAUUGCGAACCUGCAAAUAAUGGUGGCAUCCAAGUUCGACAAGCUUUCUGCGUUCGCAACAAUCGCUGCGGCGAAAGAGAUGAAUUGGCUAGUGACACCAUCGCUGGAUCAAUUUUGGGACUCAUUUGCAACUGAUAUGCAGUCAAGGGUUUACCUGAUGAACCUUUUUAAACGGGCUGCCCAGACUAAGGUCAGCCCCGCUUUUCAUCAUACCAUAGCUUACAACGUGGAAAUCGCGGCUAGAGCGGCCGCUUACGUCUUUGCUAACUACGGUCUGAAUGCCGCAGCGCCACUCGCAAGACUGAAGCUGUCGGAGAACGUAGCAUUUCACAUGACACAACUGUGCAGAUUCACAUCCAUUGACACAGAUCACACGGGGAAGCUCUCACUACAAGAAUUCGUAGGGUCAACAAUGAGCGAGGGUGAUACCAAGCAAUUUAAUCGGCACCUUGAAGAGAUGUUAGAGAAACAGAGCAACUUAUACUUGCAUUACGACGUCGACCUUGUAAACUGGCCUGCUAGAAUGGUAAAGCAGCAGCACAGAAAGGCUAUGGAAGCAUUAAAUGUUAAUUACAAUGAAGUAAUGGAUAAAUUCAUGCUCGUUGACGCCGACGGAUCGGGCGAUGUGUCCUUGGAGGAGUUCUUCCAACACGCAUAUGCAACCGCUCCACUAACUACUCUGAAUAUGAGUAAAUAA